UGACACGUUUCCUUUCAAGAUGGCGGAUAAUCUCCCUUCGGAGUUUGAUGUGAUCGUAAUAGGGACGGGUUUGCCUGAAUCCAUCAUUGCAGCUGCAUGUUCAAGAAGUGGCCAGAGGGUUCUGCAUGUUGAUUCAAGAAGCUAUUAUGGUGGAAACUGGGCCAGUUUUAGCUUUUCAGGAAUACUGUCCUGGCUAAAGGAAUACCAGGAAAAUAGUGAUGUUGUGAAUGAAAGCCCAGCAUGGCAAGAGCAGAUUCUUGAAAAUGAAGAAGCCAUUGCUCUUAGCAGGAAGGACAAAACCAUUCAACAUGUGGAAGUGUUUUGUUAUGCCAGUCAGGAUUUACAUGAAGAUGUUGAAGAAGCUGGUGCACUGCAGAAAAAUCAUGCUUCUGUGAUAUCUGGAAGCCCCACAGAAACUGCACAUUCUGCCUAUCUGCCUUCAGAAGAUGAGUCAUUAUGCACUGGGAGCUGUGAAAUGCCCACAGAACAAACUCCAAGCAGUGAUCUAGAGACUGCCCUAGAAAUAAACGAUGUGGGAGUAACAGGGGAAAAAGAAAAACAUUAUGACGAUAAAACUUGUGUGAAGUCAGCUUCAGAAGAAGAAACAAGUGAAAAUGUGCCUAUAGCAGAAGACACUGCAUUGCCACCAAAGAAAAAUAGGAUUACUUACUCACAAAUUAUUAAAGAAGGCAGGAGAUUUAAUAUUGAUUUGGUAUCAAAACUGCUGUAUUCUCGAGGAUUGCUAAUUGAUCUUUUAAUCAAAUCUAAUGUAAGUCGAUAUGCAGAGUUCAAAAAUAUUACCAGGAUUCUUGCAUUUCGAGAAGGAAGAGUGGAACAGGUUCCUUGUUCUAGAGCAGAUGUCUUUAAUAGCAAACAACUUACUAUGGUAGAAAAGCGAAUGCUAAUGAAGUUUCUUACAUUUUGUAUGGAGUAUGAAAAACAUCCUGAUGAAUAUAAAGCCUAUGAGGAGAUUACAUUUUCUGAGUAUUUAAAAACUCAAAAAUUAACCCCCAACCUCCGGUACUUUGUCCUGCAUUCAAUUGCAAUGACAUCAGAGACAGCCUGCAAUACCAUAGAUGGUCUCAAAGCUACCAAAAACUUUCUUCGCUGUCUUGGGCGGUAUGGCAACACUCCAUUUUUGUUUCCUUUAUAUGGCCAAGGAGAACUUCCUCAGUGUUUCUGCAGGAUGUGUGCAGUGUUUGGUGGAAUCUAUUGUCUUCGCCAUUCAGUACAGUGCCUUGUUGUGGACAAAGAAUCCAGAAAAUGUAAAGCAAUCAUAGAUCAGUUUGGUCAGAGAAUAAUCUCUAAGCAUUUCCUUGUGGAGGACAGUUACUUUUCUGAGAACACAUGCUCACAUGUACAAUACCGGCAGAUUUCCAGGUCAGUCCUGAUUACAGACAGAUCUGUACUAAAAAUGGAUUCAGAUCAACAGAUUUCGAUUUUGACAGUGCCAGGAGAGGAACCAGGAACUUUUGCUGUUCGAGUCAUUGAGUUGUGUCCUUCAACAAUGACAUGCAUGAAAGGCACAUAUUUGGUUCAUUUGACUUGUACAUCUUCUAAAACAGCAAGAGAAGAUUUAGAACCAGUUGUGCAGAAAUUGUUUACUCCAUAUACUGAAACGGAGAUAGAAAAUGAAGAAGUUGAAAAACCAAGACUUCUGUGGGCUCUUUACUUCAAUAUGAGAGAUUCUUCAGAUGUCAGCAGGAACUCUUAUAAUGAUUUACCAUCCAACGUUUAUGUCUGCUCUGGCCCAGACUGUGGUUUAGGAAAUGAUAAUGCAGUCAAACAGAUGAGGAUCUUGAUGAUGAAACUGAAGGACAGAGAGCUAAAAUGAUUUGUCCAAGGUCACACAGAAAGAUUUGGAUUGCUCCUCUAAAUUCUUUGUGCACUGAAACAUGGUUGUGAUCUAGUAACAAGAUUAUACUUUCUCAUCAUAAUGAGCUAUAUCUAGCUGCCCUUCUAGUGGCAGAGUUUCACUUAAAUACAAAUAAUAGCCCUGAUCAUGUCACUCUCUCCCUAAAAACUUUUCCAUACUAAUUACAAUCUGACUUCUUUAGCAUUGCAUAUGAGACCACACUCCCCCAAAAAACAUAUUUCUGUUUGCCUUCAUCUCCUAUCAUUAUACCUCUCCUCACACUUUACUCUUCAGUCACAGUGAAUUCCUCAGGAUCUUCAAACUCUUUGGCCCUUCACAUAUAUCCUUUCUGGAAUGCCCUGACUUCUCUCUGCUACUACUAUACCCCUUCUAAUAAACUUUCUAUUCUGCCUUUAAAACCCAUAUUUAAUAUUAUUUCAACUGCCAACCCUUGGUAACCUCACUUAGCAAAGUUACUUUUCCCUCUGUGCUCCCUGCAGUACUGCUCAUAAAGCCUUUAUCUCACUGAAUUCCAAGUUGCCUGAUUUUAUUCCUGUCUCCUAGAUAGUGAACAACUUGAAGGUAGGGACCCUGCUAUUCAUCCAUGUAUCUCCAGUACCUAAACAACCCUUGGCUCAUGACCAUGCAUGUCCUGCAUAACCCUGCUCCUCUGGCCAUACUAGUUUCAAUCUAGGGUGGAAACAGGGCCCUGAAGCACUUUGGAAUUGGGACUCAUCAAGAGUUUGACGUUCUGAGUGGCUGGCCCAUAACGCAAAAUUAUCUUUAGCUAUGAGCAGCUAUAUCUUCUACCAGGUGGCCAGGGGAGCAAAGUCAGUUUGCAAAGAAGCACUGAUGAGACACUGAAUUGCCAGGUGAACCUAGCGUUGGUUUCUGUGAAGUUUCUAAUUCCAAGAUCAGUCCUCUUGGAGACCCAGUAUCAUUGCUGCUCUUCAGUUUUUUGAAACACUCCUGACUCCUCAUAAUAAGAUUUCCUUUGAUGUUCAAGAAACGUGUAUUGAUUUGAUACUUGCAAACACCAAGUUUUAACUAAAUAAACAUGUCUGGGAAUAUGAUGGAGUAGUAGGAGGACCCUAGACUUGCCUCAUCCCUCAAACACGGCUACAUAAAUAUCAAAUCAUCCUGAAUACCCAAGAAAUCUGAGGACUGACAGAACAAAGUUCACAGCUAGAGGGAGAGAAGAGGCCACAUUGUGGAAGGUAGGAGGUGCAGAGAUGUGAUUUGGAGGAGAAAGGAUUGUAGGUGCUGCAGAGGGGAGAGAGCCCUCGUCAUGGAGAUGAGAGAGGCAAGAGGGAGAGAGAGGAGCACACAGGGGAUUGCAGAAGGAAAACACUUCCACAAAGACAUUGGGGAAAUGGGAGGGGCUGAUUUUCAUGAGUUUUUACAACCAGCAAGGCCCAAAGACUGGAGUUUUAGAGGUCCAUUGCCAUGGCUGGUUUGGAGCCUGGUGGGGGCUGCAGUGCUCCCAUGGAGAAGGAGGACAGAUAGGCUAGUAGUGGAUGGCCUGAUAUGAAGAUCCCUUGGGACACACUGGAGACACGGUUCCCUCUCUUUGGAGAGCAUCUGGGAGAGGUGGCAUUGCCUCUCCAGGGACAAAAGAGCCUGUGGGCACCAUUACCCUCCCCCAUCCCCCAACAUAGGUGCAGAGAAACCUGCUAAGGGCAGCUAACCUGGAUACUGGCUCUUCACUGCACUUUACUCCGAAGUCCACUCCCUUGUGCUUUGGUGCAGCUGUCCUUCUGAGACAAAAAUGCAUCAGUCCCAGCAUGCUGAGACCCUACCCCAGAGGAUAAGUGCAGGUCCCUGCCACACCAGGUCCCUAAAGUUGGAGUUUUAAAACUCAGCCAGACUGCAUGGGAUAGAACACAAGUGGGGCUGCUGGGUGGGCAGACAGCCUGGACACAGGGUGAAGGCAGGGAUCUGAGGGAUGCUUAGGACACAUGAGGUGAGAUUGUUGCUCUUUUGGGAGGACUUCCCAGACAGGGAUGGACAGGAACUCCCUUCUCAGUGAAAUGGAGGGGGCUGGUGCCAUUUAUCUCUCCAACCCCUCAGCAUAAACUAACUUCAGUAAGCGGCACAGUGCCACUGGUAAUAGCCUCAACUGCUUACAAAAAGCCCUGCCCCCCUGCACUCUGCAGGUGCUGCUUUUCUAGGGCAAGCAUGCCUGAGAACCAGAGCAGUGGGCCCCUCCUCCAGAAGACCAGCACAAUACCCCCUCACGUGCCACGUAUCCUGACCAUAGAGUUCUGCAAAACUUCAGCUCUCAUGGAAAUAGGAUCAGAUCUCUUUUAAGCAGACAGAGCACACCUCGUUAAAGCUCACCACACUGUUGCCAAAGUCCAAACAUUCCCUCCUGCAGGCAAGGAGAAACUCUGCAGAGUACUGACCUAAAGACAAGGAGAAACUGCAGAGGACACAACUGAGGGAAAGAACAGCCAAAGCACAGCACCAGAGUACACACAGCAUAUACCAGAAACACUUCCUGAAGCACCAGAUCCUGGACAGUAUAUGACCUCUUCUUAAUAAAGCCAUUACUCUCCAGAGCAUGGAACAUAAAGGCUUUCCUAACACAGAGAAGACAGAGACCUAGGUAAAAUGCCAAGAUGGAGGAAUACAUCCCAAAAAAAGAACAAGAAAAGGUCAUGGCCAGAUAUCUAAUUGAAACAUAUAAAUAAUAUACCUGAUCGAGAAGAUAAAGCACAAUCAUAAGGAUACUAGCUGGGUUUGAGAAAAGCAUAGAAGACACCAGGGAGUCCCUUACCACAGAGAUAAAGGACCAAAAAACUAGCCAGGCAGAAAUAAAAACUGCUACAACCAAGAUGCAGAACUGACAGGAUGUAAUGAUCACAAGAAUAGAAGAGGCAGAGGUGAUACUUCAGUGAUACUGAGGACAAAAUUAUGGAAAAUAAUGAAGCUGAAAAGAAGAGGAAAAGAAAAAAUUGGAUCACAAAUGUAGAUUUAGGGAGCUUAGCAUAUCCAUAAAGUGUAAUAACAUUCAUAUCAUAGCAGUUGCAGAGAAGAGAGCAAAAAAGGGGCAAAAGGUCUACUUGAGGAAAUUUUAGCUGAAAACUUCCCUGAUCUGGGGAACAAAGCAGACAUCCAAAUCUAGGAGACAGUGAGCACUCCCAUCAAAACCACAAAAGCAGGCCAACACCAAGACAUAUCACAGUUAAAUUUGCAAAAUACAGAGAUAAGGAAAGAAUCCUGAAAGCAGAAAGGAAAAGAAAACCCUAACCAGAAGGGAAGACAAAUCAGGUUAGCUGCAGAUCGGUCCACAGAAACUUGGCAGACCAGAAGAAAGUGGCAACGUGCUGAAGGGGAAAAAUAUGCAGCCAAGAAUACUUGAUCCAACAAGGCUGUCAUUCAGAAUAGAAGAUAAAGUGUUUCCCAAACAAAAACAAAAGGAGUUUGUGACCACUAAACCAGCCCUGCAAGAAUAUUAAAGGGAGUCUUUGAGUGUGAAAAAAAGACCAAAAGGGACAAAGACGAGAAAGGAACAGAAAAAAAUCUCCAGAAACAAUGACUUAAUAGGCAAUACAAUGGAAUUAAAUUCAUAUCUAUCAAUAAUCACUCUGAAUGUAAAUAGACAAAAUGUGCCAAUCAAAAGACAUAGGGUAUCAGAAUGGAUAAAAACAACAAUAACAACAACAAAAAGGGGUGCCAGGAUGGCUCAGUCAGUUAGGUGCCCAACUCUUGGUUUCAGCUCAGGCCAUGAUCUCAGGGUCAUGACAUCAAGCCCUGCAUGGGGCUCUGUGCUCAGCGCAGAUUCUGCUUGAGAUUCUUUCUCUCCCUCUCUCCUCCCUCUCCCCCUACUCACUUCUCUCUAGAAUGAAUACAUACAUCUUUAAAAACAACAAGAAUAAGACCCAUCUAUAUGCUGCCUAUAAGAGACUCAUUUUAGACCUAAGGACACCUGCAGAUUGAAAGUGAGGGGAUGGAGUACCAUUUAUCAUGCUAAUGGAUGUUGAAAGAAAGCCAGAGUAGUCAUAAUUAUAUCAGAAAAACUAGAUUUUAAACCAAAGACUAUAAUGAGAGAUGAAGAAGGGCACUAUAUCAUAACUAAGGGGUCUAUCCAACAAGAAGAUCUAACAAUUGUAAAUAUUCAUGCCACCAACUUGGGAACACCCAAAUAUAUAGAACAAUAACAAACACAAAAUAACUCAUUGAUAUUAAUACAUUAAUAGUAGGAGACUUUAACAUCCCACUUACAGCAAUGAACAGAUCAUCUAAGCAGAAAAUCAACAAGGAAACAAUGGCUUUGAAUGGCACACUGGAACAGAUGGACUUCACAGAUAUAUUCAGAAUAUUUCAUCCUAAAGCAGCAGAAUACAGAAUAUUUUCGAAUGCAAAUGGGAUAUUCUCCACAAUAGAUCACAUACUGGGUCACAAAUCAGGACUCAACAAAUUAAAAAAAAAAAAAGAUUGAGAUUAUACCAUGCAUAUUUUCUGACCACAAUGCUAUGAAACUUGAGGAAAACCACAAGAAAAAAAAUUUUGGAAAGACCACAAAAAAAUGGAGGUUAAAGAACAUCUUACUAAAGAAUGAGUGGGUUAACCAGGAAAUGAAAGAAGAAAUUUAAAAAAAUACAUGGAAACAAAUGAAAAUGAAAACAUGAUAGCCCAAAACCUUUAGAAUGCAGCAAAAACAGCAUAAGAAGAAAGCAUAUAACAACACCUCAAAAAGAAAAUAAAUACACAACCUAACCUUACACCUAAAAGAGCAAAAAGAAGAACAGCAAAUGAAGCCUGAAGCCUGCAGAAGGGAAACAAAGAUUAGAGCACAAAUAAAUGAUAUAGAAACAACAACAAUAACAAAAACCCAGAAGAACAGAUCAAUGAAAGUAGGAACAGGUUUUUGAAAGAAUUAAUAAAAUUGAUAAAACCCUAGCCAAACAUACCAAAAGGAAAAGAGAAAGAACCCAAAUAAAUAAAAUCACAGACAAAAGAGGAGAAAUCUCAACCAACACCACAGAAAUACAAACCGUUAAAAGAGAAUAUUAUGAAAAAUUAUAUACCAACAAAUUGAGAAAUCUGGAAUAAAUGGAUAAAUUCUUAGAAACAUGUGAACAACCAAACUGAAAUAAGAAGAAAUAGAAAACUUGAACAGACCCAUAACCAGCAAGAAAUUGAAUCAAUAAUAAAAAAUCUCCCAACAAACAAAAUUCCAGGACCAGAUGGCUUCCCAGGAGAAAUCUACCAAGCAUUCAAAGAAGAGUUAAUACUUAUUCUUCUCAAACAGUUCCAGAAAGAAAGAAAGAGAGAGAGAGAGAAAAAGAAGGAAGGAAGGAAGGAAGGAAGGAAGGAAGGAAGGAAGGAAGGAAGGAAGGAAGGAAGGAAGGAAGGAAGGAAAAAAGAAAGAAAGAAAGAAAGAAAGAAAGAAAGAAAGAAAGAAAGAAAGAAAGAAAGAAAGAAAGAAAGAAAGAAAGAAAAAGAAAGAAAGAAGAAAGAGAAAGAAAGGAAGAAAGAAAGAAAGAGAAAGAAAGAAAGAAAGAAAGAAAGAAAGAAAGAAAGAAAGAAAGAAAGAAAGAAAGAAGAAAGAAAGAGAAAGAAAGAAAGAAGAAAGAAAGAAAGAAAGAAAAAAGAAAGAAAGAAAGAAGAAAGAAAGAAAAGAAAGAAAGAAGAAAGAAAGAAAGAAAGAAAGAAAGAAAGAAAGAAAAGAAAAGAAAAGAAAAGAAAAGAAAAGAAAAGAAAAGAAAAGAAAUGGAAGGAAGAAAGAAAUGGAAGGAAAAGUUCCAAACUCAUUUCCUGAGGCCAGCAUUACCUUGAUUCUAAAACCAAAGUCCACUAAGAAGGAGAAUUACAUGCCAAUAUCCCUGAUGAAAAAUGAAUGCAAAACUUCUCAACAAGAAGGUAGCAAAUUUAAUCCAACAGCACAUUAAAAGAAUCAUUCAUGAUGAUCAAGUGGGAUUUAUUUCUGGGCUCCAAGGGAGGCUCAAUAUUUGCAAAUCAUUCAACAUGAUACACCACAUUAAUAAAAGAAAGGAUAAGAACCAUAGGAUCCUCUCAAUAGAUGCAGAAGAAGCAUUUGACAAAGUACAGCAUUCAUUUUUGAUAAAAACCCUCAAAAAAGUAAAGAUAGAGGGAACAUAACUCAGUAUCAUAAAGGCCAUAUACAAAAGGUUCACAGCUAAUAUCAUCCUCAAUGGGGAAAAACUGAGAGCUUUUCCUUUACAGUCAGGAACAAGACAGGGAUGUCCACUGUCACCAUUUAUAUUUAACAUAAUACUGGAAGUCUUAGCCUCAGCAA